CGCUCCCGCAUCUUCAAACAGUGGGCGGGCGCGGACCUGGUUGGUAUUCACGAAGGUACCUCUUUUUCUUCCUGCUCCUUGUAACUAGCCAUUCUUCCGAGCAUUCACAUUCAUCACAACGUGUAUCAUCGCUAUUCACGUCUAGUCACUCGCUAUAGCAUCACAACCUGAACCCGAGCCAUCGAAUCAUCCACAUCCGCCACUGAGGCUUCGAAACCCGACAACAACGAACCCCUUGUUCACACUUCACACGAUACUCUCCGUCUAGACAUUCAAGAUGCGCCCGGCACAGCUUCUAUCCUCGAUCGCUCUCUUCUCAGCACUCAGCUCAGCAUCCGCACCAUGGUCCGAGUCUUUUCACCUUAAGGCCAUUCGCGAAAUAAACGACUUUGUCUUCCCGCGACAGGACAACUCUGCAGCAGAAUCCACCGCAGCCGCAUCCUCAACCGCCGACGCUUCAUCCGCAAAGUCGACGGCCGAAUCCUCGGCCAAGUCCACAGCAAAGUCCUCCGACAAGGAUGCUUCGUCAGACAAGAGCGCCGCUUCCACAACUGGCUCCGACAAGAGCGCUGCCGCUUCUUCGGGCGCAUCUUCCACUGGCGACUCCUCCGAUGCUUCGACUACUGGAAAGUCGACUGGCAAGAGCAGCGGAAGUGACAAGGCUACAAGCACAAACAAAUCCUCAAAGUCAAAGACAUACGGUGUUUCUGCAGGAUAUGGUGGCAUCGCCAUGAUCACCCCCAACGUCUAUUCAUCAUCUUCGUACUACAAGGUCGGCGAGUUUGUGACUUUUGCCUGGAACAUGACUUCCUUGUCCGUCACUCCCACCGCAGUUGAUGUCUUCGCCACAUGCACUGCCAACCAGAACUUGUACACUCUGACUGCGAACAUGACCAUGAACGGCUCCACUGGUGCAGUCACUUGGGAUACCGGCGACUACCAGGCUUCUGCUACCGUACCUCUGCUCACCGAAACCUACACUCUAAUCAUCAUGGACGCCGCUCUACCUGCAAUUAGUGCUACUGCUGUUUAUGGUGGUCUUCCAGUCUACAGCGGCCACAAAUUCGGCAUGUACACCAAGCAAGCCUACUCGAACAACUCAAAUGCUGUGCCCACCUGCGUCACUUGCAAGAGUGCUGCCAUUAGGAGUAGCUCGCUUGAGAAGCAAACUCUGGGCUUUGUGUUUGGAAUGGUUUUCAUUACUAUUGCCACAUUCUCAAUGUUCGUGGGCGGAUUCGGCGCCUUUUGAUCGAACAGCAUGGUUGCUAUCAAAAUUAUCUUGGAGGUUUCUUGGUGUUAUGUCUCGGUCAUUUGCAUUGGGUGGGAGUUU